AUGAGAUUCUCCGUUACCGCUGUUACCGCCCUCUUCGUUGCAGUCGCCGCCGCUAUCCCGGCUGCGGCUCCAGAGCCGGCACAGUUCGACCAUGCGGGUAUCGCGAGAGCCCUUGAGCAACGAGGCCUUGAAGCAAGCUUGAACAAGCGCUGCGACCGCGAUUUCUUCAACGACUGCAUGGACACCUGCCACUCGCCUGGGUGCCCUGGGUGCACCGCUGGAUGCACCAUUGGUUGCUGUGGCUCUACUGGCUGCUGUUAG